AUGAGUUUGCCACGUCCGCUCAACUGGCUCGACAUGCUCGACGAGCGCAUCGGCGAACUUGCCCCUGAGCUUUUCGACAUGAUCAAGGACGAGGUGUUCAAGACCCCUCCCGGAGAGCGCGAUGUUCUGGACAUAGCUCGACAUCGCAACGUGAUUUCCAAGGACCUCUCCUUCAUGGCCUUCGACCGCAAGACGCGUGCUCAAUACGCCGCCUGCUACUACGGUCUUGGCUCCACCAUCCUCAUCACCAACAUGAAGCACCUUGGAGCCUGGUUAGCCUCACUCCCAUCCGACCACAUCCCUCUCCUCGAGCACGUAGACUGCUUUCGUCCCUCGCGUGUUCUGCACCCUUGGCUGCGCUCUUGGUUCAGCCUGCCCGCUUUUUAUCAACACCAGUGGGAGGUCCACAGCUAUAACCUGGAUGAGUCUGCUAUUAAGGAUAUUGCGCGUAUUUACGGUGGGGAGGAGUUGGCGAAGAAGGUUUGGAUGGUUCGACCAGGCGAUCCGAUUGAUCUGCUUCUGAAGCAGGAGGAGUUCGAGGCUCAUCAGCCGGUGUUUCAGCGAAAUGCUCCAUCGUACCCAUCGUACCGAUACGGAUUCGUGRGGGGAUACUAA